GCCGACGUGACGUCACUAUCGGUUGCCGUGUGAGCUCGAGGAAAUGGUGAAACAGUUUGAAACUGUCCCUCGCUGACUUGUGAUGUUGGUGCAACUGCGUGGGAGAUAAGGUCCAGUUCGUGUGUAAAGUGUCAGAUCAUCCUGAAGCGGACUCGAACAAGCUAACUGUUAAGGUUAGCAUUAGCUUUAGCAGCGCAACAGCACGGAGAGGGUCUGAACUGAGAGUGGAACAGUGGAAAGGACUGAAAAGUAAUCUCUCAGUUGUCUGCCCCCAGGCUGUUGUCAGUAUGCGGCACCGACAGAGGGGCUCCCACCUGGGACUGAUGCUCCUGGCCUCCCAGGUGUUCCGGGUGGGUCUGGACAACAUCCCACCCGUCACCCUGGGUGUCCUGGCUCUCAACCUAUACCUGUAUCUGUUCCCUGCCGCUCCACUGUUGAAGGCCUGUGUAAGUGUCCAGCAGGCGUACUGGUUUAAUGACUGGCGUCGUCUUCUGCUAUCCCCGCUGCAUCAUGUGGAUGAUUGGCACCUCUACUUCAACAUGGCGUCGUUUCUCUGGAAAGGAAUCAGCCUGGAGCAACGGCUGGGCGGACCCUGGUUCUUCUACCUGCUAUCAGUCUUCUCUCUGCUCACUGGAGUAGUCUAUUUGGUGUUGGAGGCUGUGUUAACAGAGCUCAUGCAGGACCAGUCCUACAGCACGACCUGUGCUGUUGGCUUCUCAGGUGUCCUGUUUGGUCUGAAGGUGGUCAGUAACCAUUACUGCCCUGGAGGUGUGACCAAUGUGAUGGGUAUCCCUGUGUCAAACCACUAUGCUAGCUGGGCGGAGCUAGUGAUAAUCCACAUAACAUCACCUGGGACCUCAUUUGUCGGUCACCUGGCCGGUAUCCUGGUGGGUCUGCUCUACACUUCUGGACCACUGAAGAUCAUCAUGAAGAAAUGUGCAGAGAUUGUGUCAAUGAAUGGAUAUAACACUCAGCCCAGUGGAUACUACAACUCUUCAGGUUCUUCAGGCUACGGUGGCACCAGUGGACAGUACCCAGGAAACCAUCAGUACGCACCAGAUAAUACAUCAAAUCAUACAGCAUCUUAUUCAGGGGGACUGACGGAGGAAGAGCAGUUAGAGGCGGCCAUCAGGAACAGCCUGAAUGACAGAGGACAACGCAGCCAGAGAGGAGCUCCUCCUCCUUAUGGAUUCGACCUCUCGGAGGAGGCGAGAGCUGAGGAAAUCAGACGUAGGAGACUGAGGAGGUUUGAAAGUUGAACUGCAGAAGAGAAGAGGGGAAGAACGAUUUGGUGACGAGUCAGGGGAGGAGUUGCCUCCUGAAGCCUGUUACAAACGUGGCAACCACUGGCUGAGCAAGGGCUCCCUGUGUGCCAAGGUCGGACACAUUUACUCUUUUACUGUGUGGUUAUUCGUAUUAUAAGGGCUCUGAGAAUUUACCAAAGAGUUGAUGUUAGACAUGGAAAGCUUCUUCAAUGCAUAAUCAAUAUUUCACACAUGUUAUGCUAAUGAGAAGGUUUUGUUUAUGUGAGUUUGACAAUGCCAAAGUUGUCUUCCGAUUUACAGCUUUCAAUUUGGGAAUUAAGGGGAAAGUUGAGGGAUGUUGCUGACAUUUCUAAGCCGACUUUCCAUUGCUUGCUGAUCAAACAUGUACAAGACAUCAUAUUAAAAGUUUUAAAGCAGUUUAAAACCCAUUUGAAUCUUUAAUUGGAGAAACAUUAACUCAGUUUGUCAAAACAAAUACAAAACUACUAUUUCCACUUGUUAUCCAGGUAAACUGCAUAAGACCUAGUUUAGGUCAAAAAUCCCAAUACUUAGUCUUUAAACUAGGUUUGAUCACAAUAGUGGUCGAUCUACUCAAGUCUAAUGAAUUUGAUUGUAUGUGGUGUGGAUAAGGAAAAAACUGAAAUUGACCUUGUUCUUGAAUAAAAGUUAUUCAAAUUUGGAA